GGCCAGGUGGUCUGACCUUUGGUUGCCACAGCGACGAGGACUUUGCCUAGACUACUUUCGAAAGGCUCUCGCUCACACGGUGAGACGAGACGACACGAAGAAGAACGUGAAGUGGAUGUUUUCUCUUGAUCAAAAGUUAACUCACACCCCAUCGAGGAGGUGAGAACACGGAGCUCACCCACGCGGUGACGCAAAUCAGAGCAACGCCAGCCAAACGACUUUACGAACCCGAAUUCCAGUACGGCCAUAAAAGAAGUCGUAAAACAGAUCUGCUGCUCCUCCAUGCGGGAAAGAUGGCUCUCGAUAACGAGAGCAAGGAGCUGCUGUGGCAUACGCUCACUGAUCUGGAGCAGGAUGACUUCAAGGUCUUCAAGUUCCAUAUGCACCUGCCCGGGAACAUUGGCCCAAACGCAGACCAGGUGGACAUCGCCGACCAGCUGGCAAAGAAGCACGGCAAGAAGGCUGUGGAGGAGACCAUCAAGAUUCUGGAGAAGAUCAACAACUACAACCUUGCCCAGAAGCUGCGCAGGGACGCGGCGCAAAUCAAAGAUGCCCGCGAGCGUGGAAGGAGCAACAUGGUGAUGGCUAGGAGGAACAAGGCCUGCGGCUUGCAUAGAACAAGUAGCAUCUUCUCAGUGGAUAACGACCAGAUCGGCAUAUUCAAGCGAGAGCUGCAAGAGAACCUGCGGGGGACUUAUGUCAACGCUCCCGUGGACGAUACGGAGCCCAACCAGCAGGAGCGUCUGGACGACGUCUACACCGAGCUCUGCAUUACCCGCGGCGGCGCCGCUCUCCCCGACAACCAGCACGAGGUCCUUCAUAUGGAGAUGUGCGGCGUGGCCAAGGAGAAGUCCAUCGAGCCGUGCGACAUCUUCGAAAGCGGGAAGCCCGUCCGCAGGCUGCUCACCGUAGGCUUCGCGGGCAUCGGGAAAACCUUCCUGGUGCGCAAGUUUGUGCUGGACUGGGCCAGCGGGAGAACCAACAGAGACGUGGACUUCAUCUUUCCUUUCACCUUCCGCGAGUUGAACUUGGAGAAGAAGAAAAGCUUUUCGCUGGCAGAGCUCAUCCGCCACUUCAUCUUGGAGAGCAAGGCCAUGAGCGUCGAGAUGCUGAACGUUAUCUUGGUCAGGCUGCAAGCCUCGGGCAAGCUCCACUUCCAAAGCAGCAGCAUCAAGAUUUUGUUUGUGCUGGACGGUCUGGACGAGUGCCGCCUCAAACUGGACCUUAGCGACAAGAGCAAGGUGGACCUGGAUGUGACCCAAGCCUACCGCGUGGAGGUUCUCCUGGCGCAUCUCAUCAAGGGGAAUCUGCUUCCAUGCGCCCGGAUUUGGAUCACCACGCGGCCCCAGGCGGCCCACGACAUCCCACCACACCUCGUGGACAGCAGAACCGAGGUGAAAGGCUUCAGCGACUCCCAGAGGCUGGACUAUUUCAGGAAGAGUUUCCCGGAGUACAUCAUCAAACACAUCCAGAAGUCCCGCAGCAUUUUCAUCAUGUGCCACAUGCCCAUCUUCUGCUGGCUCACCGCCACUGUUCUCCAAGAUUAUCUGGACACCGGAAAGGAGGUGGAGCUGCCCAAAACCCUGACCGAGGUGUACACAAAGUUCCUGCUCUAUCACCUGGAAAAGUCAAAGAAGCGAGAGAAACGGAAGAGCAUCAAGUACAUCAAAGCGCUGGCCAAGCUGGCUUUUCAGCAACUGAUGAAAAAGCAGCAGAUCUUCUACGAGAGCGACUUGCGGGAAAGCGGCUUGGAUUACCUGCAGGCUGCAAAACACUCGGGAGUCUUCACCAGGGUCUUCAAGGAGGUACACCCGCUCAAGAAGAACCAAGGCUAUACGAUGUUUCAGUUCAUCCACCUGACCAUCCAGGAAUAUCUCUCUGCUCUGUACGUGAUGAUGAGCCUGUUCCAGGACAACAAGAACGUGCUGGGUGUUUCCGAGUUGACGUUGACGCCUUGCAAGCAGAAGCCGCUCGUUCGGGUCCAUGAGGCGGCCAUCCACAAAGCCUCAGAGAGUGACGGAAACUUGGACUUAUUCCUCCGCUUCCUGCUGGGCCUGUCCUUGCAGUGCAACCAGGACCUCCUGGGUAAGCUGCUGAAGGCUCCCAAGAACUCCAGACACAGCAAAGAAGAAACGGUCAGUUUGAUCAACCAACGGAUAGAGAAGAACUCUCCCGAGGAGAACAUCAACUUGUUCUACUGCCUGAACGAACUGAAGGACGAGUCCCUGCUGGAGCAGAUCCAACAAUACCUAAGCUCGGGGCGGUUGUCCUCGGAUUACCUACCUACGGCCAUGUGGUCGGCCCUGGUCUUCUUCUUACGGUCUUCUGACAAAGCCAUGAGCUGCUUUGACCUUAAGCUCUACUCUGCGUCCGAGGUGGGGCUCCGGAUGCUGCUGCCGGUGGUCAAGGCUUCUCAAAAAUCAGUGCUCAACGACUGCAACCUGAACAAGAGAAGCUGCGAGAUGCUGGCCUCCGUUCUAAGCUCGCCCUGCAACCUGAGGGAUCUGGAUCUCAGCGACAACAACUUGUACGACGACGGGCUGGAGACGCUUGCCGCCGGACUGGCAAAGCCGCAGUGUACCUUGCAAGUUCUCUGGCUCUCGGGCUGCAUGAUCACCACGCGAGGAUGCGUUUCACUGGCCAAAGCUCUCCGGUCCAACCCCUCCCACCUCCAAGUGCUGGACCUGAGCUACAAUCACCCCGGAGAGGAAGGAAAGCAGGCCUUGGAGGCGGUCCAAAAGGAUCCUCGGUGCAGUCUGCAGACCGUCUGCCUGGACUACAGCGGCAAAGAACGUUUGAUUCCCGGUGUCGAGAAAUAUUGGUGCGGACCCACGUUGGAUUCCGACACGGCUCACAACUGCCUCCAAAUGUCAGAGCAUGGCAAGAAGGUGACGGUGGUUCUGGUGGAGCAGCUCUACCCCCAAAACCCACAGAGGUUCACUCAUUGGCGUCAGGUUCUUUGCACGAGCGGAUUGAGUGGACGCUGCUACUGGGAGGUGGACGUGGAGGGGAAGGUCUACGUGGCUGUGACCUACGACGGGUUCCGGCGAGUCGGGGAGGGUGACGAUGUGUGUCUGGGCGCCUCGGAAGCUUCCUGGGCGCUGAUCUGCGAAGACGACGGCACCUACUCUGUUGGCCACCGGGAAAAGACACUGGGCCUCGCAGCUUGUCCCGCACCGGCGUCCGGAAGGGUGGGCGUGUUCGUGGACCAUCCCCGCGGCGUGCUGUCCUUCUUCGAAGUGACUUCGGGGGGGAGGAGACUUCUCCACACCUACCACGCCACCUUCACGCAGCCACUUUAUCCAGCUUUCGGAUUCGGCUUUGAUAACGGAUUUGACGGCAUCGGGAAUUCUGUGUCCAUCGCCAGUAAAGGGGCGUCCGUAUCCACCCGCUUCUAGGCGCCAUGUUCAUCCAAUGAGCAACCAACAGAGGCAGAGGGCGCCCUCGCCCAUUCACUGCACAGCACACAUUAGUCAUCGUUCGCGUUGAGCAAAGCGCACGUUAGCCUUGGCGGUGAUAUUCUCCGCUAAUGUUGACUCGUGAGUGAACGAUUCGUUCAAAAGAACACAUUUUUUCAGUGAACGAGAGUGAAUGAAUCACUUCCUAAGGUGAUUCGUUCUUUUUUCAGUUAAUAUGACUUCAACCAACAUGCAAUAACGUAACUUGUUCCACACAGUAGGUGUCAGUAAUGUGCAUUAAAGCUGGUGCCACCUCGCUGUAAAAAAAAGAUUUGCCAAAGAAAGAAAGAACCA